AUGGGCGCAAUUGGAUCAACCAGUUCGGCAACUUUAUCCUCAAUACUUUUGACUACAGUACCUACAGUACCCGAAGAAGAAGUUUCUGAAAGUGGACGGACAGUUCAAACUGACUGGAUUAUUGGCAUUUUGAUGAUGAUUUUUUCUUUGGCAUGUGCAAUUGCUUAUUAUGUUAUUUUAGUGACAAUUUACAAAGAUAAGGAACUCUCUCGAAUGGCUAGUUAUCGGUUUAUGUUCUUCCUUGGCAUAUUUGACAUAGCACAAUGUUUCCCACAUUUUGUUACUGGAAUUUUUACAAUCAAACAAUCAGUUUUUUAUCCAGGACUUGCAAAAGCAAUGGGUGUAAUUGCGACGCCUUGCUACGUUGCCUACGCGGUUCUUACCAUAUUUUUAUCAUUUAAUCGACUUAUUCAGUUAUCCUCUCCGUCACUGGACAAGGUGUUCUUUGGAGGAGACCGGUGGAUGAUCUGGAUAGGAAUGGCUUCAUUUUUCUGGAUCUUCUUUAUGCUUGCCCUAGCUUCACCUUGGGCAACAAUUCGAUAUAUCCCUGAUUGGUAUUCAUGGGAUUAUGACUAUGAACUUUCGGGCUCAUUUUAUGUCCAGAAAGUUGAAAUGUAUAUUGAAGUCGGUGGAAUCUUUGUAUCUGCAUUCUUCUAUUUAUUGAUUAUUUAUCGAUUGGUGAAAACGAAAAAGCGAUUUUUAAUAUCGAAAAGUUACAAUGCGGAGAUCAAAGUCUUGAUUCAGGCUACAGUAAUCACGGUUUAUUGUACUGUGCUCAAUGUGCUAUGGCAUAAUUAUUCAUGGAUGCUCCCCCAGAACCUUUGGAGCUACACAGCUUUGAACUUUAUGUGGAUAUUAAAUAGUGGAGUGUAUCCCAUCAUAUAUUUUAUUGUUAACAAAGCACUUCGUGACCGUAUCGGCGUAAAACGAUCUACUACAGUAAUGGGAGCUGUUUCAGUAUUCCAACAGAAUAAAACGAAAAUGGAACGAACUGAUACCUCAAAGUCAUCAAGUGCUGAACAAAACCAGGCGACUGGCUUCUGACGACCUCAAUAUGUUCUACGAGUGAUUUAUUAAUUUUCUUGAUUUUGAAAACAAUUAUUUAAAUUUAA